UCUGAUCUUCAUUUUGGACUCCGUGUUAAGAUAUCAGUACAUGUAAUAAUGCGACGCUAAUCUCGCCUUCUGCAUGUGAUUCUCUCUCUCUCUCUCUCUCUCUCUCUCUCCUCCCGGCACCGAACAAACACUCACUGCUACUCUGAGGAAACCGAAAUAUCUAUCCAUAUUGCAAUUCACUUGCAGAGAGCGAGAUCCUUGACAGUCCGUCGACCAGCGCCGACACCAAGUGAGAUCUCAGGGGCCAAUCGAGUCGAUCGGCGUUAGCAAAUGAAGGCAGCCGUUACCUCCAAGGCCGUAAACCCUCUCAUAACUUUCGAGCACAAGAGGGACGCAUAUGGAUUUGCGGUGAGACCUCAGCAUGUGCAGAGAUACAGAGAAUAUGCUAACAUAUACAAGGAGGAAGAGGAGGAAAGAUCAGAUAGGUGGAAGAGUUUCUUGGACCGUCAAGCAGAGCCUACUCAAUUGCCUGAAAAUGGGUCUUCUUUUGAGGAGCAUAACAAAGCAUUGGAUACUGAAGCUAAUGGGGAAGUGGCUGAUGGUACUUUAGUGAAGGUUGUUGAAGGAGAUGAGGGGGAGGUACAGUCCUCUGCGGAGAAGACGAUUCAUAGGAUACAAAUCUGGACUGAGAUAAGAUCCUCCCUGCAUGCCAUUGAAGACAUGAUGAGUAUUCGUGUGAAGAAGGCAAAUUUACCCAAAAAUGAGCAGGAGACUGGAAAACUGAAGCCAGCGUCUCCAAUUGAAGAUGCGAAAUUUCCGAAAGGAGCAUCGGAGGAGGACUCAGAGGAUGAGUUUUAUGAUGUUGAAAGAUCAGACCCGAUUCAGGAAGGUCCUUCUACUGAUAGUGUGACUGCCUCUACGACAGCUGGUACUGCUGAAACAGCCCCUCUGGAAUCUUCAUUUCCAUGGAAGGAAGAGUUGGAAGUCCUGGUUCGUGGAGGAGUGCCAAUGGCUCUUAGGGGAGAGCUUUGGCAAGCCUUUGUGGGUGUGAAGACACGUAGAACAGAAAAAUACUAUGAAGGUCUGCUUGCUCAAGAAACUAAUCCAAGCAACAAUGUGGAUCAACAAGGUUCGCAGUCAGAUAGCCAUAUUAAGGGUUCAACUAUAGAUGCUGGUUGUGUGGUUGAGAAAUGGAAAGGGCAGAUUGAGAAGGAUUUGCCUAGAACCUUUCCAGGUCAUCCUGCACUAGACGCUGAUGGUAGAAAUGCUUUGAGGCGAUUACUUACUGCAUAUGCACGGCAUAACCCAUCUGUUGGAUACUGUCAGGCCAUGAAUUUCUUUGCUGCAUUGUUGCUACUUCUCAUGCCAGAAGAAAAUGCCUUUUGGACAUUGGUGGGCAUUAUUGAUGAUUAUUUUGAUGGUUAUUACUCUGAGGAAAUGAUUGAGUCCCAGGUGGACCAACUUGUAUUUGAAGAGUUGGUGCGUGAAAGAUUUCCUAAAUUAGUCAACCAUCUAGAUUACCUGGGCGUGCAGGUUGCAUGGGUUACUGGACCAUGGUUCCUCUCCAUUUUCAUGAACAUGCUUCCAUGGGAAAGUGUUCUUCGAGUCUGGGAUGUGCUUCUUUAUGAAGGAAACCGUGUUAUGCUUUUUAGGACAGCGCUUGCAUUGAUGGAGUUAUAUGGUCCUGCAUUAGUUACAACAAAAGAUGCUGGAGAUGCAGUUACUUUGUUACAGUCACUGGCCGGCUCAACAUUUGAUAGCAGUCAACUUGUAUUGACAGCUUGCAUGGGUUACCAAAAUGUGAAUGAAGAUAGAUUAAAAGAAUUGAGAAACAAGCAUAGGCCAGAUGUGAUAGCAGCCCUCGAGGAAAGAUCCAAGGGACUUCAGGCUUGGAGGGUUUCCCAGGGUUUGGCAUCUAAGCUUUAUAAUUUUAAGAAUGACCCCAAAUCAAUGCUGAUAGAUAGAACCAAGGGAACACAGUCAAAUGGAAAUUUAUCUCGUUCAGAGUCUGGAAGCACCAAUGCAGAUGAAGUGCUUAUUAGCCUGAAUGGAGAUGGGGAGAUUGAUUCAGUUCCAGAUCUUCAGGAUCAGGUGGUAUGGUUAAAAGGUGAAUUAUGCAACUUGCUGGAGGAAAAAAGAUCAGCUGUCCUCAGAGCUGAGGAGCUGGAAACAGCAUUGAUGGAGAUGGUCAAGCAGGAUAAUCGGCGACAGUUGAGUGCUAGGGUUGAGCAGCUAGAGCAGGAGGUUUCCGAGCUUCGAAGAGGCCUAUCUGAUAAGCAGGAGCAAGAAAAUGCAAUGCUUCAGAUCUUGAUGCGAGUGGAGCAAGAGCAAAAGGUAACAGAAGAUGCUCGGAUAUUUGCCGAGCAGGAUGCGGCAGCACAGAGAUACGCUGCUCAAGUACUUCAGGAGAAGUAUGAGGAGUCCAUUGCUUCACUUACUGAAAUGGAGAAAAGAGCAGUGAUGGCAGAAUCAAUGUUGGAGGCGACCUUGCAGUACCAGUCUGGCCAACUUAAAGCACAACCAUCUCCUCGGUAUUUGGUUUAA